AUGGCCACACCACCACGAUCCCGACUGCUUCUACUUCCCGCAGAGCUGCACAACACCAUCUACGAGCUCGUGUUCACGCCAGCCCACGACGCCAACACGCUCAUCGACAUCCGCACAGCUGAACCACCAUCAAAGGCUCUCCUCCUCAGCUGCCGCCAGCUCAACACCGAAGCGCAUGGCCUGCACCUCCAGGCCUAUCGCACUUACUGGACCACCACCAGCUUCACUCUCGACCUCCGCACCCUCGACCUAGGACCCUCAGACCUUCGCCAAAUCCGCGGAAUGACUCGCGACCUGGCGCACGUUCAGAAAAUGGAGGUUAUCAACCGAGGCAAUUUCGGCCAAGGAGAUAUCUUCAGGAAGUGCUCCCUCGUCGAAACCGCGCGAGUGGGGAUCUGGUACAUGAAAUUCGACGGUGGAAGUUUGGACGGCCGGGACCUUGAUUCGUGGGUGAUAGUUGCUGACCGGCUGACCACGACGAGCUCGUGCUCUGGGGGUAUGAUUUCGGACAAUGCGUCACAGAGGAGGACGCAAGGCUCUACCGAGGCGCGUUUGAGCCAGCGCCAGUGA